AUGGGCUCCGUUUCUUACAUUCCCUAUCGCCUCGAUGGCAAGGUCGCUCUGGUGACCGGAUCUGGUCGGGGUAUUGGGGCCGCCAUGGCCGUUGAACUGGGCCGAUGCGGCGCAAAAGUCAUCGCCAACUAUAACAAGUCUGUCAGUUCUGCAAACCAGGUUGUUGAGGAAAUCAAGGCGCUCGGCUCAGACGCGGUCGCUAUUCAAGCAGAUAUCAGCCAAGUGUCCCAGACCGUGAAACUCUUCGAGGAAGCCGUCAAAGCCUUUGGUGGAAUUGACAUUGUGUGUUCCAACGCUGGGGUCAUUUCUUUUGGUCAUCUGAGCGAGGUCACCGAGGAAGAGUUCGAUAGGGUCUUCAGUGUAAACACACGAGGACAGUUCUUUGUCGCACGCGAAGCAUAUAAGCAUUUAAACCAGAACGGGCGAAUUAUCCUGAUGAGCUCUAACACGGCCGAUUCAUUUACCGUUCCCAAGCACUCGCUUUACUCUGCUUCUAAGGCUGCUAUCAACGCGUUUGUUCGUUGUCUAGCGAAGGAUUGUGGUGACAAGAAAAUCACCGUCAAUGCGGUUGCCCCCGGUGGAACUGUCACUGACAUGUUCCACGAAACAGCAAAGGACUAUCUGCCUAACGCGGACAAGCUGUCUAAGCAACAAAUUCUCGAUAUUGUGGCGAAUAUCUCCCCGUUGACUCGGUGCGGUUACCCAGCUGAUGUUGCUAGGGUGGUGUGCUUUUUGGCUUCUAAAGAGAGUGAAUGGGUUAAUGGAAAGGUUAUAGGAGUGGAUGGUGGUGCUGCCUAG